AGUAAACAAAUAAAAUUGUUUUGUCCGUUUUUUUGUUGGAACGGUUGGAACUUACAGCGAUUUCAACUGCAAUACAGAGAACAUUUUAUUCAGUUCUGCUUAGAAAUGGAUGAACCAAUGUACAACAAUUUCAACCCAACUAGAUGCAAUGUAUGUUUCAGUCGGGCGACUGAGCACCGUUUGAUGCUAGUGGGACAAAAUCUGCGCUAUUGCAAGGGCUGCCGGUUGAUUGGAUACUGCGGGGAACAACAUCAAAAAGAGGACUGGAAAAAACACAAAGAAUUCUGUCGAGCUGUUACCAAAAUAUUGACAAUGAAGAAUAUCCAACAUAUUCUGGAAGUGCGAGAAGAAUGUGGUCCUAUCAUUGGGAGCAGUCGACGAGAUCUAGAGUGUGCCAUAUCAUUGGCCGAGUGUUUAAUGAUUGCUAUUCUGCAACGAAAGCUAUAUCAGCACGAAUAUACUCUACUGCGCUUCCCGAACAUUUGUCGUGUGUGCUUCGAAUAUGACUCCUCCAAGCUAAAACCAUGCGAAGACUGUUAUCAGUCGUUCUACUGCAGCGAUGAGCAUCGUAUACACGAUUCGGCAGACCACGCAAGAUGGUGUGAAAUGUAUCGGAUUAAUCUUCUACUGGAUGCUGAUUAUCCGACACGACUCGAAACGCUAGGUUUUCCCAAAUUAACGCCGUUUGAGCUAAGCAGAUUCCCAAAACAUUCCUUCGAGCUGGUAAAUCUAGCAUACAAAACAAACAUUCCGUUUAGACCGGAGUCGAUUAAAAAUUUCAAUGAUCUUAAAUUUGUAUCAAACUACUCGCAUAUCGGCACAAUUUUGUAUGCGUUGUAUCUAACGAAUAUGAAUCAGGAGCUACAGAAUUCUCUUGUCGUUUACGUCGUGGGUGCCGAAGAUGAAAUUGUCUACUUCGACUACAAUACUUGUUCUGUCAUUUUUACAUACAUCCCACAGCUGCAAGAUGUGAUCAUCUAUUUCAUAGGGCCUUCACUGGGCUCAAUCAAGGACGAAAUUGAGCUGAAAUAUGAAGGAACUCGGUCGAUCAAGAUGCAUUAUUACAAGGGUCUAUUUCAUUCGUUGGAACCGGUCGAACAUAUGGAACGUCCGCAAAUUAUUGUAAGUUACAAUUGUGGAUUCCACGAGCAUAUCGAAUCCAAUAAAGAUACAUGGUCUUCGACUCUGGUGCGCCUGAUCCGAUAUGUUAACAUUCCGAUUGUGUUCACAUCCUACACGCGAGCAGAGGCAUGUCAGGACUGCGCAACUAUUUACAGUAUUAGCAAGCGAACGACCAAAAAGAAAGAUCUGGUGUUUGUAAAACGAGCUGCUGAUAAUCCAUUCAAGGAUUACAAACCCCUUCGAAAUACAAACUACAUAGAUGACUACGAUGAGUUGUACUACUCUAACGGGUAUUUUUCGCUUGUAAUAAGCCGUGUGCCAUGAAAAAGUGAAUAGCUCUGUUGCUGAUCAUAACAUUCCCUUUUAUUUGUUUACUUUAUUGCUACUGUAGGCACAUACUGUUUUUACUAGUCGGUAAAACACUGAAAUGAACAGGAUUCUAUUUCAUAAAAAAAUUGCGCUUUAUUUUUUUUUUUGCAUUGAAACAAUGAAAUUGAUAUAAAAUGAUUAGUUGAAUUCGA